AUGAGUGCGUCUGUUGAGCAACAGAGACCAAGAUGCUUCCCCAUGACUUUGAUAAUAGACUGUUGCAAGCCGCCUACGGAAUCUGUCCCAGAGUUCCUUACCAAUCUCAGACUGUCGGAUCUUUACAACUUUCCCGGUGAAUCUAUUCCAAUGAAUCCGGAGAUCUUUAGCGCAAUGAAAGGGGGAAACAGAGAUUUUCUGGAGAAGAUGAAAGGCUGUGGAACACCAAUGGCAUGUCUCAAGAACGAUAAAGGAGAUUCCAUUCUUCACCUUGCUGUUGCUUUGGGUCAUCUUAAACUAGUGAAGAGCAUAAUCUCUGAAUGCCCAUCUCUUCUUUUGGAGCCAAACUGGAAGCAUCAGAUUCCAGUCCAUGUUGCUGCUCGUGCUGGUCACUUAGCUGUUGUUAAGACUCUUGUUGCAUCGAUAACAUAUUUUUCAGAUAGAAUACUGUCUGAAGAAGAGAGGCGGAGAUUUAAUGUAUAUUUGCUUAAGGACAUAGAGGGAGAUACUCCUCUGCACGCAGCAUUGAAAGGGCAGCAUCUCGAGACCGCUCUCUGCCUCGUGAAUGAGAAUAAGCUUGGCUCAUUUCUUGAGAACAACAAUGGAUUGUCUCCCUUUUACAUGGCUGUAGAAGCUGGAGGUCUAGACCUAGUGAAAGAAAUGUUGAAAGGUCUUGGGAAUAACGUCCAAGGUCGAGGUUCCAACAUAGCUUCACAGUUAGAAGGGAGAAAAUCGCUUGUACACGAAGCUCUAAAGGCAAAGAAUAGAGAUAUCCUUGAUGUUAUUCUUAAUGAAGAUCCAAGUCUUGGGGACGAGAGAGAUGUAGAAGGACGGACUUGUCUUUCAUUUGGAGCAUCCGUAGGGUAUUAUAAAGGAGUAUGCAACCUCUUAGACCGUUCAAAGUCAAGCAUCUUUGAAUGUAAUGAUGAUGGUUCAUUUCCAAUCCAUGUGGCAGUAGAGAAAGGUCAUGUGGAUGUUGUAAAAGAGAUUCUAAAACGUUGUCCAGAUUCAGUUGAGCUGCUAAACAAACAAGGUCAGAACAUUCUUCACGUUGCAGCAAAGAGUGGGAAAUCUAGAUCUUUGCUUUUAAAGCAUAUCAAGGGACUUGAUAGGAAGAAGAAUCAUCUGAUUGAAGAGGUAGAUGAGGAUGGGAAUACGCCUCUGCAUUUAGCCACCAUAAAUUGGCAUCCUCGAAUUGUUAGGGACCUUACUUGGUUUUCUUCAAACGGUACCAAAGUCCUAAAUAUAAAGAACAAAGAUGGCUUGAGAGCACUUGAUAUCGCGGAGUUAAAUCUGCAAUCCAACUACAUCUUCCGGGAGAGAAUGACGUUGAUGGUCUUGUUAUCAGCUUACAAACCAAAAGGCUAUGAGAAAAUACCCACAAAUGGAAUGACACUAAGAAGCAGAUCAGAGCCUGUAGGUGUUAACAAGUACAAAGACAGUGUCAAUGCACUUCUACUGGUGGCAACUCUCAUAGCUACUGUAACGUUUGCAGCGGGUAUUACAAUACCCGGUGGCUUUAACAGCUCGGGCAUGGCCAUUUUGGCCAAUAACUUCAACUUAAAGAGCUCUGCUGAAAACUUUGGACUGACGUUGUGGCCAGAAACAUCAACUUCAUCAUUUUUGUGGUAG